CCGUUAACUUUCCCUCUCCUCUCCAACGCGUUAGUUACCCUCCCCUCCCCCGCCUCCCCAGCAGAAGAGCUACAACAGCAGCGCCUCCGUUGACAGCCCCAACCCAGUCGAAAUCCCCAACAUCUUUGACGAUUAUUAUUCCUCACCAGAUCUGGAUCAAAUUUUAGGUGCUGAGGGGCCGGGGAGGACUUAUCAAAUCUAAUGAUCAAUGAGUGUACUUCAAGCUAGAAAAAUGGGGCUUCCCUCGAUGAAUCUUGGUAGAUUUAAGGGAGUACCCAUUUUAAAACAACUAUACUUGGAGGAGCAGCUGCUUCGGACCUCUUCUGAUAAUUGGUGCAUCAUAAAUGAUGGAACAAAUGCUCCAACCGUUGUCAUGGGGCUGUCCGGGAAACCUUCUGAACUCCUUGAAGUUGGGUCUGUGUUACAAGAUCAGGUUCCUGUAAUCAAAAGGUUUACAGGGGGAGGCACUGUUAUUGUUGAUCCUGGAACAAUAUUUGUCACUCUUAUAUGCAACAAGGAUGAUGUUCCUGGUGUGCAGCCAUAUCCCCGCUCCAUCAUGUAUUGGAGCAGGCUGCUGUACAAUGAAGUGUUCAAAGAAAUUGGUGAUUUCCAACUCCGUGAGAAUGAUUAUGUCUUUGGUAGUCGCAAAUUUGGUGGGAAUGCUCAAUCAAUAACCAGAAAACGGUGGAUACACCACACAUCAUUUUUAUGGGACUUUGAAGCCGGUAAUAUGUCCUACUUGAAGCUGCCUACGAGGGCUCCAGAGUACCGAUUGGCAAGAAGCCACAUGGAAUUUGUAUGUCGAAUGAAGGACUACAUGCCAAGAUCAGUUUUUAUUGAUAAGACAGUAAUGGCUAUCGAAAACCAAUUCUCGAUGAAACCUGUUGAUUUGGAUGUUGAUGCUGCAACUCAUGACACGGAAUUUGUUCACUCCACUAGGCUUCUGUUGAAGCGGGAACUUGAGGAAGCUUGAGCAAAAUGGCACUCAAGGAAUCUGUUAGUUAAGUUAAUCAUUGAUACUGAAGAAAUUUUUAUUAUUUGGGGGGUUUUUUGGACCCUGGCAUUGUCAAGAAAUUUUAUUUUUGCCAUGCUAUAUUUAUUCUUAUUUCUUUCAGGUGAAUUUGGCUCCUGCUUUGUUGGGGUUCAACAACUCUAAUAAAAACCCUUAAAUGAAUGACAAUUUUGUGGCGACCCAUGUUUUCAGUUUCACAUUGUACUGAUUUGAGGUUUCAACAUGAAGUGAUAAAACCUUGUCUAUCAUGGUGGGCAUCACCGGUGAUGCGAGACAUUGAACAAUUCAGUGAGCUGGAGAGGACUCAAGCAUUGAACCCAACCCUUGUGAGGAAAAUGCUUACCUCGUAUAUUUGUCGGAGAAUUGUUUAAGAAAACAUAAAUUGGUUGUACACUAUGAAGUAUGAGGAUUGGUAUUAAUACAAUAGGAUAUGUCGAUACGAUAAAAUUUUUUAAAAAAUAAGGUAUGAUUUGGUAUGUUUGUAAAAAAAUAUUUAUUUUUAAUUUAGAAUAAUGUAAAGGUCUAAUUUACAAUUAA